AUGAGCCCGGAUAUUUUUGUAACGACGCUCAGAGUUUUAGACAGUAUUUGCAAGGCCAAUUUUUCAGUCAUCAUGAUACGAGUUUUUAAUCAAGUCUGUUCGAACAUAUUUUUGAAAAAUUUAGAAAGUUAUAUCACAAAUUUACCGUUCGAAAGUUCAUCAGAAAAAAAACCAAUCAAUUAUAUUAUGCAGACACUAACAGUCGUUGAGCUCAUGCCUCGUACGGCCGGUGACAAAUUGACAUCUGUUUUGGAAAAAGCAAAGGUGAUCAUUUCCAGCAUCGAAAGUACUCAGAAUUACAGUGUAGACGACAAAGUCAAGGACGACGUAUCGAGCAUGAUUUGUGAUUUACAAAUGGAAAUUCGAAACGUGGAAAACUCAACUGUGGAUGAAAAAAGUAGGGGAAAUAACUUGGUGCUUCAAGAUUACCGAACUUUAAGCGUGAUACCAACCAUCGCAGAUUUUUUCGACAGAAAACCGGAUCUCAGACCCUGCAACGUCAAAGAUGCUUACGAUUCCGUGGAGCAAUACUUGGACACCCAGUUUCGAUUGCUCCGCGAAGACUUUGUUCGGCCCUUGCGAAACGGAAUCAAAGAGUACUUAGACAGCGACCGAAAACGCCGGAACAACGGCUUGCGUAUCUACAGGCGUGCCAAAUUGAUGGAUUCUAAGGCGAGCAAUUUGAAUGCUGGCAUUCAACUGUACUUUGGUAAACUGAAUUUCGUCAAUUGGAAAAGUUCCAAGCGUUUCAUGUUCGGAGGACUGUUGCUCCUGAGCAAGGAUAAUUUCAAGACGAUCGUUUUCGCCACGGUGGCCAAUCGGGACGAAAAAGAGUUGGCUGAAGGAAUCGUAAGGAUCGAGCUUUGCUUGGGAACCGUCGUUGGGCAGGACAUGUACGAUUGCAAUUUGGUUCUGUUGGAGUCGAAAAUAUACUUUGAACCGUACUUCGUUAUAUUGAACGCGAUGAAAAAUAUGAACGAGCACAAUUUCCCUAUGAAAAGGUAUCUCAUCGAGUGUGACACCACGACCAGAUUACCUCAUUAUCUUGAAGGUAAGACAUCGUUGAAGUUCAAAGAUAAUUUUUUAUUGCCUUUGAAAACCGAUGAUGGCGAAUGGCCAAGUGCUGAAGAGUUAAAGUUCGAUGAGUCGCAGUAUCGAGCUUUCAAAAGUGCGUUAACUCAAGAAUUGGCAAUAAUCCAAGGACCACCGGGGACCGGAAAAACGUUCUUAGCUCUGCAAAUUAUUCGUACAUUGUUGGACAACAAGUCUAAGUGGCUCAACUAUGGUCCAAUAGUCGUUGUUUGCCUGACGAAUCACGCGCUGGAUCAGUUUUUGGAGGGAAUUCUUAGCUACACGAAAUCAGUAGUUCGAGCAGGUAGUAGGUCGAAAAGUGAAAAUUUGAAGCCGUACUUGAUCACGGAAAAGCGUAAGAUGUUUCAAAGAGAGAAUAAAUAUUUUGAUAGUGUGUUGAAAAAGACUCAAAUGGUGGAAAUCAGGAAAUCUGUAGAAAAGUUGCAUCAGCUUCUGAAAUAUUUUACCACUGCCAAUUGUAUUGUCCCACUGGAAGUUUUUUAUGCCUGCAGAUGUGGCAUUCCUUGUCGAAGAUUCGCGAACUCUGAACAAUUAGUGAAUUGGCUGUUUGGAUUGGAGGUGUCUCUAGCAGCGAAUGAACUUACUGACUAUGAAAUUGCAAGCUUAAAAAAUAAUGGCUUUGCAGCCGGUACUUAUUUCAUUAACAAAGAUUUUGGCGAUUUUUUUGAUGAAACUGCUAAUGUUACACCUGAACAUGAUACAACUGUAUAUAUUCGUGGACCAAUUGAUAUUUUUGAUAUUAUUGAUAAAGAACUGAAAUCUUUGCUCACCAACGAAACCUUUGGACCUUUAAGGACUAUAAGACAAAAGCAGGACCGGAUCAAUAAAUUGGAUAAAAAUAAAAUCAUCCUGAAGAACGAACUAGAGUGCCAUCCCCUGAUAAAUAAGACCAAACGGUUGACAAACAUUUCGCGCUGGCAGCAUUAUUGGACAUGGAUCGAACAGUGCUACAAUAAAAUUAUCAGCAUAAUAACUGAACUGGAAAAGAAUCAUCACAUGUUGAAUAUGCAAUUAAAGCAAGUGAAACAUAUUGAAAAUUAUGGAAUUAUGAGAAGCCAUGAAGUUGUUGGAAUUACGACCACUGGUGCUGCCCAAAUGCAGCAGUCUUUGCGAGCUCUAGGAGCACCCAUAGUACUGGUUGAAGAAGCCGCAGAAAUUUUAGAAGCUCAUGUUGUUUGCGCGUUGACAAAACAUUGCCAACAGUUGAUAUUGAUUGGGGAUCACAAGCAGUUACGCCCAAAGGCAUGUGUAUACGAAUUAGGGUCGAAGUACAAUUUGAAUGUAUCGCUGUUCGAGCGAAUGGUCAACAUAAGAGGAGAGUGUCCGCAAUUGGCGCAUCAGCACCGAAUGCGCCCUGAAAUCGCAAAAUUGGUGUCCCCGAUUUAUGAAAACCUGUACAAUCACAAAUCCGUUUUGAGUUACCCGUGUGUCAAAGGUUUGGACAAGAAUUUGUUUUUUCUUAAUCAUACGUCAAGCGAGGAAAGUCACGAAAUGGACGAGAGUUGGGUGAACAAAAACGAGGUUGAAUUCUUUUCUGCGUUUGCCAAGCAUUUGUUGAUGCAAGGCUACAGCCCCAAAGACAUAACUAUUCUUUGCACGUACACGGGACAGUUGUUCGAUUUCAUGAACAAAACCAGUCAACAUGCAUUCCUAAGGCAAGUUAGGAUAACAACCGUAGACAAUUAUCAAGGAGAAGAAAACAAAAUAAUACUUUUGUCCUUGGUGCGUAACAACGGACAGGGAAACAUUGGAUUCUUGGCAGAAGAGAACAGAGUUUGUGUAGCUCUGUCACGGGCUCGAGAGGGCUUAUUCAUAAUGGGAAACAUGAGUGAUCUUCUCGUAAAAAACGAUAUUUGGCCCAAAAUUAAGACAGUGCUGGAAGAAGAGAACGCCAUAGGAGACUACAUCAAAUUGAGAUGUCAGAAUCAUCCAGACCAGUUUUUCGAGGUUAGCAAGGCAGAUCAUUUUCAACAGUGUCUGGAAGGAGGUUGUUCAAAAAAAUGUGACACAUUGUUAUCUUGUGGACAUUAUUGCUCGAGUAUUUGCCACGUACUUGAUCGACAACAUGAAAAGUAUCAAUGCAGAGAAAAAUGUUUGAAAUCAUGUCCCAAUGAUCAUCCCUGCAAACUUUUGUGUUGGCAAGGUUGCCAACUAUGUAAAGUUAAAGUUGAACGCACACUAAAAUGUGGACACACUGUCAAAAUGCAGUGUUCGUUUGAGGCAGACUCAUAUCCAUGUGAUGUGGAGCUAGAUGUAAUAUUAUCACUGUGUAAUCACGCAAUCAAAAAACCAUGCUACGAAUCCGAAGAAUUGGUUCAGUGUACUCACAAAUGCGAGAUUCGUUUGGACUGUGGCCAUGCAUGUGUCAAGAAGUGUCAUGCAAACUCAGAUCCUCAUCACCUUCAGUACUCUUGUCGUAAAGAUUGCACCAAAUUAAAUGCAAAUUGUUCGGGGGAACAUAUUUGCAAAAAAAAAUGUUUUGAAGAUUGUGAUCCCUGUAAGGUGCUUGUUGACAAAAUACGUUCAUGUGGACAUCAUUUCAAUAAAGUGGCAUGUUCCUUAAAUGUUGAUGAUGAGAAAUGUGAGCAUAAGUGCAAUCAGGUCUUGAGUUGUGGUCAUAAGUGCCGCCGGAACUGCUCGGAUGAAUGCAUAAACUGCUCAGAAAUAGUAAAAAAAAAGAGCUCGUGUGGUCACACAAUAGGAGUUAAAUGUUGCGAAGAAGCCACACCUUCCAAGUGUAGUGAAAAGUGUCCAAAAACAUUAACUUGUGGUCAUCCGUGCACUAAGAAGUGUAUGGAGACAUGUACGGUGAAUUGUAAGGUCAUGGUGCAAAUGAGCGAGCCAGGAAUGUGUGGUCAUAUUUUUUCAGUACCCUGCCAUUUAAAAAAUUCUGAUCCGAAAUCUCGUGAGUUAAUGAAAUAUUGCAAACGACCUUGUGACUAUAAAUUAGCUUGUUCUCAUUCUUGUAAAGGAAACUGUGCGAGCUGUGUUCAAGGUCGCAUUCAUGCUUCUUGCACUGAACCCUGCCGCAACAUAUUUAUUUGUGGACACGCAUGUCAAACAGCUUGCAAUCGAGAGUGCCAAACAUGUACCCAAAAAUGUGAGGUCAAGUGUCACCAUAGCAAAUGUGGGAAGAAAUGUGGCGUGCCUUGUGUACCAUGUCGGGAAAAAUGUCAAAGGUCCUGCAAGCAUAAAACUUGCAGUAAAAGAUGUCACGAACUGUGCGAUAUAGAACCAUGUAAUGAGCCUUGCGCAAAGAAAUUGCGUUGCAACCACCCAUGUAUUGGUUUUUGUGGGGAACCUUGUCCUUCUAAGUGUCGGAUAUGUAAUAAAGCUGAAUUGUCAGAAAUAUUUUUAGGAAAUGAAGAUGAUCCCAAUGCAAGAUUUAUUUUACUACCGGAUUGUAAGCAUAUUAUUGAGAGCGAAGGACUUAUGAAUUGGAUCAAACCCGCACCGAAGGCCGAAGAAUCUUUGGAAAUAAAAGUUCCUACGUGUCCAAGAUGUAAGACUCCCAUAAGAAAUUGUAUGAGAAUCAUGAAUCAAAUAAAAAUAGACUUGAGGAAUGUAAUAGUAAUAAAAAAGCGACUAAAUAUAGAAGACUGUAAAUUAGAAGAUUUUUUCAAUUUCUACUGGUACGUCCAAUGGUUAAAAGAUUUUGGAGGCAUCAUGAGAAAUGGAAUCAAUCAAUAUUUAAGUAUUGGUCAAAUAGACGCUUUCAAAAAUAUUUUGGAUAUUCUGGUUGAAAUAUCUUCAGUUCUUAAAAAAAUUAAAAAAACCAACAUAUGUAUUGACUUUAUUAAAGAUCAAGUUAACCUAUUGAUCGAGUCACUUCCAACUAAACUACACAUUUCUAAACAGAGACUUGAUGACAUCCAGUUGGAAAUCAGACGAUUGCAUUUAAUGGUUCAAGUAUACAACAUAUUUUCUGAAAGCCAAUGGUUAGCGUCAGAAAACAAGAAGGAGUAUGAGAUUUUGAUAAAACGAUUGUCGAAUGUUGACAAAUUUACAGAUAAUAUCGAAACAGAAAUUAUAUCUAACUCCAAAAAAUUGAAUGAGAAAAAUAAACAAUAUGCACUUAUUGAACGAUCCCAAGUAAUAACAGCAGUGGGUCUCAAACAAGGGCAUUGGUUCAAGUGCCCAAAUGGUCACUACUAUGCUAUAGGUGAAUGUGGUGGAGCAAUGGAACGAUCAAAGUGCAUCGAGUGCAGAGCUUCUAUUGGUGGUGUACAGCAUCGCCUCGAUCCAAACAAUACCUUAGCAAACGAAAUCGAUGGUGCAGUGCAUCCAGCGUGGCCUACAGCCUUGAAUCAUUAA